AUGGAGCAAGUCUUCCACGAGCAAUUCUAUCGACCGGAGUCGAAAGUCUCAAUGGCCGACUUGGCAAAGAUAAGCCAGAAGCCAAGUGAGUCGGUCCAAGAAUAUUUGGGGCGAUUUAGAGAAGCAAGGGCUAGGUGUACGGUCAAUAUGCUGGAGCACGAGUUUGCAAAAUUGGCCCAAGGAGGAUUGUUGUUUGACCUCCAAAAGAAAUUCGAAGGAAUUGAGUUCUGCGACAUUUAUGAUCUCUUACUUCGGGUGGAUCGAUACGUAGCCCUUCUAAAGGAGGAGCAACAAAAAGGGCGGCCAGCACCUCGGCUGACAUUUUAUAGGGAUUCAACCAAACCUUCCGGGUCUAGGACUACGGCGGUCCACGCGGUAGAUAUUGGAGAUAUAGACUCAGAAGAAAGAGGUGAUGAAGUUUACUUAGAGGAGGAAGAAGAGUCGGCCGAGGUAAACUUGGUCGAGAUUGUGGCCAAAGGGCUGUAUGUGUGCAAGGCUUUGUCUAAAGCCUCUAAGGAUCAAAGGCUGACCACGGCCCAAAUGUCCAAGUUUUGUGGAACCUCCCAAAAGGCGGUCGUGACAAAGUCCUACACACAUUUGAUAUUUCUAAAGCCGAACAAAUUUUUGACCAACUUUUGA